GUUGCGUAGGAACGGCCAGUUGUAUUAUAAGCGUACUGAUAGCUAGCUGGUUACAGGAGGAAAUAUGUAUUACCAUUAAUAAGCACAAGUAAGACGUUCCCUGUUUGCUAGCCAGUGAGUAAAGCUCUGGAAGAUGUCUUAAUGUUGAGGUUUAUCGGACACGCGUCAUUAAUGUGAGCAUAGCUAGCUAGUUAGCUAACGCUAACUAGUCUCGCCGAAAUUAUCAGAUAGCUAACCUAGCUAAAUUAGCUGCUUAGCUAAUUACAUCACCAGACCUUUUUGCAAAAUGAAAAACGUAUGAGUUUGAUAUACAGUUAGAUAGUUAUAUACUAGUGUCACUGACUGUUGACUGAUUUUCUGUUGUUUUUAAUCAAAGUUGCUAGCUAGCUAGGUUAGUUAGGUUAGCUACUUAGUAAGUAUACUCUGACGGGUUGUUUUUAGAGAAUGGCAGGGGAUGGAAACAGUAUUCCUGAGUUGGAGCAGGAAAAAUACGAUUCCGAUGAACAGGUGAAAAUAAUCUGUCUCGGGGACAGUGCAGUUGGGAAAUCUAAGUUAAUGGAAAGAUUCCUUUUGGAUGGAUAUCGACCGCAGCAGCUGUCAACCUAUGCCCUGACUUUGUACAAAUAUACAACCACCAUCAAUGGGAAGCCUGUUCUAGUUGAUUUCUGGGACACAGCUGGCCAGGAGCGAUUUCAGAGCAUGCACCCUUCUUACUACCAUAAAGCACAUGCUUGUAUCAUGGUUUUUGAUGUCCAGAGGAAAGUAACGUAUAAGAGUCUUUCCAACUGGUAUAAAGAACUGCGAGAAUACAGACCAGAAAUUCCAUGUCUAGUGGUGGCUAACAAAAUAGAUGCUGACAUGAGGGUGACACAGAAGAGCUUUAACUUUGCAAAGAAGCAAGGACUACCUUUUUACUUUGUAUCUGCUGCUGAUGGUACCAAUGUGGUCAAGGUUUUUAAAGAUUCCAUUAAUAUGGCCUUGUCUUACAAGAAAAACUCCAGUGACUUCAUGGAUGAGGUCAUGAGAGAACUUGAGAAUUUUGAACUGGAGAGCAAAGAAGACUCUUCUGACAAAGGGGAGAAACCUAAUGAGGGAAAAACAGAUUUGGUCUGAUCACCAUCUUUUGCUUUAUGCGGUGGUAACUUAUGUUGUAUCGACAGACUCUGGUUUUGGGAUCACAGUGCUGUUAAAAUCAUUGCUGCUCAUUAACUGCCCUGGAGAGUUCAGGAAUUUAUCCCAACAAAAUGAAACCACUAAGGAUGAAGAUCUACCUCACACCAUUAAUAAACCCCACGAUGUACUACAUUGAGAUUAUGUAUGAAGUAGAAUUUAAAGCAUUCAAUACAAAUUGUGUCAAGCUUUUAUUUAUUGAAUGUAGAACAUUUUUUACUCGAAAUUGUAUAAAACUGCUAGACAGAUAAUUUAAGGUCAAUGGUGUGUUGGUAUUUCACAUAGAAGUCAGUUUCUUGAAGAUCCUUACAUCCUAAGGAACAAGAGGUGGCGACCAUCAUGUAAACUAACACCAUGUAUGGGUGUAUGCAAAUAGGUAGAGGUCAAUUCUUUCCCAUUUGAAAGUUUUCUCCUUGUCAGGUAUUUGCAAAAGGUACUUGAAGAACUUUUUAAAUUUGUGUGUCUAGUGCUUUACCUCAAUUGUUAUAUUGAUGACCAUCUUAUCAGUUUGCACCAGCUGUGACGAGGACACAUUUUUCUGUGUUGCAGAAAUGCUAUAUCAUUUCUCUGAAGAAGCUUCCAUAUAAGUGGUCUAAAAUGGAAAUGUUUAGCCUGCAUGUAAAUGUACUGUAUGCUAGAAUAGAAACCCACUCAUUCUGGCUGCUUGAGUUUUUGGUGUUCCUGAAUGUAUGUGCUUCAAUUAACACUUGCUGUUCAGUUCUUGAAUAUUUUCUGUCUAGCUCUGUUGGCUAUAGGCUCAUUAUAGCAAGAAAUCAAGGCUGUUCAUAUGCUUAUGCUACAUAAUCAGAUGGGACAUGGCAAGACUAGUUCAGUCAGUAAAGUUAGUGUUUAAAGUGAUGCAUUUGAUUUUUUUCUUCCUCAGCUGCAUUCAGCAGUGUAAUGUUCAAUACUCUGUAACCCAGGUCUCACACUAACAGAAAUCUUGUACCCUUGUUUCAUAGAUACACUAAAAAACAAACUAUCAGAAAACAAUGAUAACCCUUGGGGCACUGCAUUUCUUACCAUUUUUAUUGUGCUUUUGUUGGUCAGGAAACGAGUGACAACUCUACAGAGGUUUGUAAUGUGAAUGAUGCGUUUUAUUUCACAUUUCCCCCAACCAUUUUUGUUAAGUAUGGUUAAGUCACGAGGAAUCAUCUUCAGAUUUACUUUUCUUCUUUUUUUAAGGAAGCAAAGCAUAUGUCUUAACUGCAUCACUGAAGAGGAAGGGGGGAAGAUGACAUUAUCAAAUGCAGUCACUCACUCAAAAGCUCAUUGCAGUUUGGCCAAAACAAAGACUGAUAAAAGCAUAAAAGAAACAUCCAUGAAAAGCUAAAAAAAAACAAAAAACCCAAACAGGUCAGUUAGUGUAGUACUUUACAAAACCUAAAACGUGUCUUGACUUUAACCUGGAAAUAAAAAAACAAAAAAACUGUGCAGUAGUGGAUAAUGAGAGAUGUAGUCUGGAUUUCUCAAGAUUUCCAGGAGGUGGCACCACAGUGCUGUUUCUAACAGCUUUAGAUCUCAGCAGAACUAGUGUCAAAGAAAGGCUAAAAACUACUUUUUUGGCACAUUGUUCUUUUUUUUCUUUUUGUCUUUUACUUUUAUUUACUAAUCACUCCAUACAGACACAAGCACAAAAAUAAAUAGUACUGAGUAUGGAGCGGGGAUGAGAGGUGAAAUAUGAAUAUGGCA